GCAUUAAGCCUGUUCUAGCGGUUCUUUAACCGGGAAAGCCGCACAGCCUGACGUCACUCAACAUGAGGUUGGGAUUACAGUUGCCAGUAACUUGAAGACGUAAAAAAACAGCUGCAUUGUGGAAGUUGGUGCAAUACAAAGCUACAACUGUGCCAGCACAGUACGUCUAACUCUACUUAGUAUAACUUCUGCUGCAGACUAGAGGGCGCUGGGCGAGGUUCCCUUAUAGCCAUGGUCACCUGUAACACAGUCAGUCUCACCGUUUGCAACAAAGAAGACUCUGGGCUGCCUCAGCAGCUCAGCCCCGGCACCAAACGGAAACGCUCUGGUCUCGAGGAUGCCACAUUGGAGGACUGCAUAACUGAUGUAUUUGGUUGUUCGCGGGCUCCCACGAAGAAGCCUCGCGCUCCCCAACAGAGGAAACAAAACCUGCACGAGGAGAGCUGGCACCGGCAGCGGCGAGACUCGGGCUUUGUUGACGACUGGGAAUCUCCGACUCCGCAACAGCAAGUACAUCCGUUGCCCAAGAACUCCUCAGAGACAGAGUGGGAGAGUCCGGCUUUGAGGGGCUGUGGAUCACCAAGACGGGAACCACCGCUGUCUUCAUCAUUUGAACUGCAGAACUUCACAGAGUACGGCCAAGACUGGUAUCAGUUCAAGAAGAAGGCUGAAGAGAAGUUCCACCCAGUGAACUGUUUAACCCGACAGCCGCAAGUAACUGCAGAAGCAAGAUGCAAGUUGAUCAGCUGGCUAAUCCCUGUUCACAGACACUUUGACUUUUCAUUUGAAUCUCUGUGCCUUGCUGUGAACAUUAUGGAUCGCUUUCUUGUCACUACCCCAGUGGCAUCUGACUGUUUUCAGCUGGUGGGAGUGACGUCACUUCUUAUAGCCUACAAACAGGUUGAGAUGUGCCCUCCCAGGAUUAAUCAGCUGCUAGCAUUAUGUUGUAAUGCUUUCACCAAAGACCAGAUGCGUAAUUUAGAGUGCAUUAUUUUGAUUAAACUGAACUUUGAUGUAGCAGCACCUACCCUUAACUUUUUUCUAGAGCACUUCACCAACAUGCGUCUCAAGAAAUGCAACUCCUGUAAGAAGAGUUCUGCGGAAGCAGUACAAGCAAUGUCCUUGGCUAGGAGGAUGUCUGAACUAAGCCUGGCAGAUUACUGCUUCAACAAAUUCCUUCCUUCUGUCCUAGCAAUAAGCUCAUUGAGUUUAGCAGACCAAAUGCUUCAACAUCAAAGCCACAUUGAUAGUCUGACUGAUAGUCUGUCAAAUGAAUAUGCAGAGACUGUCUUGAAUGAAUGCAAGGACAAACUUAAAUUACUAGUGUCUCUAAAUGAAAAAUGCAUUCCAUCAUUUUCACAGCUGGUAUUAACAGAAAAAAUAUCCGAAAGCUGACUGAAUAAUUUAUUUCUUGGAAAAAAAUUAACAGUAUUACUAGAACUUGUCUAUCUGGCUUUAUAAUUUAUCCUUGCAGCAAAUGUGGGGAGUAACAGAAAGAGGGUUUGUACUCAUAACGGAUGAUGGCUACCAUCAGGCACGUACUGGUAAACAAAAGCAUAAUUAGGCCAAGUGUGCUGUGGGACAUGUUUUAGGACCAUCGAUCUCUCCAGAUGAAUAGAGUGUCAGUGGAUUUGUAACUGCACUUAAAAUAUGCUAAACUUAAAAAUUGGCAUUGAUGAUGUACAUGGUAAAUUAUUGAAUUUAUUUGGUUAUCACAGGGGAACUUUGUUAAAUCUGACAUUUCUAAGAGUAUUUUGGCACAUUUUAUAAAUCUGUAUGCAUGCAUAUGCAAAUAAUAUGGGAUAUGUUGUGAGGCUUGUGAAGAUAUCCAUAUUUCUUAGCAUUCCUUUUGACUGUUUAAAUUUUCUUUGGAAAAGCCCCAAAUGAGCUUACUGUGUCAUACUGCAAAAAGAGAAAAUGCUAAUUUUCUUAAGCCCCAUUUUGCAUUUCAUGUAUGUAAUACCUUUUGUUUGAAAUUAUGUGGUUGCUCUGGAAAGGAGCAUAUUGACUGCUUUGGAUCACUGAGUUCAUGCAUUUUGUUACGCUUCUGCAACAUGUUAUGGUGGAGAUUCUAAAAGCACUUCUGUGACCCAAGCACCGUUUAUGUGUAGGUCAUAUGUUGGCUACAUGCCACUGACAUGGCCAUAUAUGCAGGUCAUUCUUUGACUACUGCCUUGUACUGGCUGAAUGCAAGUAGCAUGUCUGGGUACAUUGUUUUAUUAAUGAAUGACCUGCAGGUAGGAUAAAUACAGUACUGCUGCUAUAAGUUAAGUUAUACUGAAAAUAUGUCACUGUCUAUUACUACAACUAAGUAACGUAGUGCAUGGAUUCACAGUCAAAACAUAUAUUUAAACAUGAGAAUUUAGGUUACCGAAUAUUUAAGAAGUGGAGCCUCGGUACAUUGACAUACAGUCAAAAUAUAUUUGAAAAUAAUUUAGGGGUGGAGCCCUGGUGAGGCAUAAUUCUUAUCUCCAUCACUGGUGAUGCUUAACUUCUAUGUAUUAGCCAUUUUCACAAAUUAUGUUUUGAAAAAUCAGCUAAUUUUUAUGCUGAUUAUUAUUUUUAAAUAUGCAGUUUUUGCAGCCGGAUGUAUAAGUACACUUUCAAAUAUGACACAGUGAAUUGAUAAAAUGCACUGAUGUCUUAUAAGUAGAUUGUAAAUUGAAAGAAACUACUGAAACAGAUAUGAAGAUGAGCAUACUGGGAUGAUUGCAUGCAUUUGAGUAUAUUAGUAGCUUGGGGUUGAGGGGCCAAAAAUUAUACAUUUAGAUACACACAUGCAAAGUAUAUCACUGACCCAAAAUCUUCACUCUGAAAUUUGUAUGUCAUUUCCCAUAGCAGCUAGCUAGAUAGAGUGCCAUAUUUAGAAUGGUGUUUGCAUUCACAUUUUUCAUUUCUCUGUUUAUUGCAAACAUUUCAGCUUGGUUACCUAGAGAGAACCACAUUUUGCUUCUCAUAUUCUAGAAUGCAGUUCUGUCUAUCCAUCCACUGUCAGUAACCACUUGAGAAUGUUCAAACUCAUGGUGAGCUCAAGCCUCUUCUGGAAACAUGAACCACAAGGCAGGAUACUCCACCUUGAUGGAAUGCCACUCCUUUACAGGGCACAAAUCAUACACAGUCUUAUGAGCAUAAUUUUUAGCAUAGCAGAUAACGUAAUAUGUAAAUUCUUUGGUGAUAGGAAGAAUCUACAGCACCUUAAAGAAACACAUUCUAACACAGAGGGAUCUGUACACAGAUAUCAGGUGAAGGUCUGGACCAUGGAGCUGUGCACCAGCAAUGAUACUGGUGUGCUAUGUCAUGCACUUUAACCUGCAAAAUGUUAAACAAGCAUUGCUUUUCAGUAGAUACCAUACUUAAUACAGUAUGACCUUGUGAACACACACACACACACUUUAUUUAUUAAAUGUAUACUUAAUUCUUUCAUUACAACUGCGUACCUUUAAUUGUACAGUAUACUAUUUCUUUGAACUAAAAGUAUAAAGCACUCCUGAAAUGGUAUAAAUUCUGCAGAGUUUUAAACCAAGUUAGGAAAGAACAGUCAUGUGCUUGGUGACACAUACUCAUCCUAUGUAGAUGCUGAAGCUCUGCCUUUCACUGACAUCACUCCUAACAUCUUGAAUUAAAUGUUUUUAAAGCUCUUCCUCUGCCAGCUAGUAGCAACUAGCAUUACAGUAUUACUGUAUGUAAACAGCAAAGUAUUUAUGUGACUGUACCAUUUAAUCCAUAAUUUCUGUGACUAUACCAUUUAAUCCAUAAAAUGGUGCAAACUGAUCAGCAACCAGAUUUAAAACAUCCAAAACAGGCCUUGCUAUGCAUUUGUUCCUGCAUUCAUUUGCAGAAAACAGGGUUCAUGAUUAUUUUUAAUUGGGCUAUCCACCCUCAGAUACCAUGCAUGUUUGCACCUUCUUGGGUUGGUCAGAGUCAAACAAACUU